AUGAGCAAUGUUUCCAUUACAAUUAAAUUGGAUCAAAAAUGUAACGGAAUAUGUGGCUGCAAAAAGAGACCUAACCUUAGGAUUAAGGUUGAAGAGGAACCUGAUCAGCCAGUAAAGGGGUAUCUAAAAUGUAUUCAUAAAGCGAACGGUGGUACACUCAUAUUGAAGUUUAAAUACAAAGAUGAGACUAUUUAUAGUGAUUGGCUUUAUGAGAUAGGGGAUGUCAAGGAAGUGUCUGUUUACUAUGGUGGACCUGGCCUAGAUAUACCAUUUGUCAUAGAAAUCGAGAAGAGAGGAGGAAGCUUUACGUGCUCUUACAACGAAAAUCCUGAGCCUGGAUCAAGAAAUACGGUAUGGGCUCAAAAUGAUGAUCUUAGCGACCAUAAAAAACUAUUAGAUAAGCUAGAGGAACUGAGUUGCCGAUCCACGGGCACAGUGGUACUGGACAUAUAUAAGAAAGACCCACAGAGGUACUUUUGUGAUACCAAAGUUAGUUUGAGCAGUAAUAGACUUCUAGGUGAUGAGAAUGUAUAUGAAUUUAAGCAGAGUUCCAAUAAAACUUCUUUCAAAGUACCAUAUCUCAGAUAUGAUGGAAAAGAUGUAAACACAAACAUUCCUUCCGAAAUUAAGGGGAUAUCCACGUUUUACUGGAAAUACAAUUUCGGUAGACCAUUGGUACUGAAGGUAGAAAACAAAAGUGGAGAAGUUGAAUACCGCUUUAACAAUGGUAGGAACAAGUGGGAAAAGAAGACCGCAAAAGAAGUAGGAAACCUCGUAGACGCGAUUUCCGAACAUAAUUGCAAGCGUAAUAGAGCUAUAACUAUUGACUUAGGACAGAUUCAUGGAGAGUAUUGUUGCACUAAAAAAUGCCCUAAUAAAAGAAUUAUCGUCAAAGAAAAUAGUAUAAAAGAAAUAUUCACGGGAUUCACUAGUUAUGAACACAAAGGAAUUAGAGGUUAUUCAUUCACAAUAGACAAGAUAAUAAGUAAUACUGAAAAACAAAAGGGCAUAAAGUAUCCUAUUCGUGAUGUUUACGAACUCACUGUAUAUUAUUGUACUAGAUGUGAUAGAGAACCAAUUUUUAUAUAUAUGGGCUACGAAUUAGAUGGAUCCAUGGAAUAUGCUUGGUACAAGCGUGUAACCAAGAACGGAUGGGAUAUUGUUUUGGACAUGCCAGAAAAUGAAGAAGAUUUUUACAAGUCACUAAAGGAGCAUCUGGAAAAACUUUCCGGUCUACUAGGUGAUACAUGUAAUCUCAGUGGUUUUCAGGAUGAUAAUAUGAGAUUUUACACCAAAAAGGAUGAUAAAAUUCCUGCGUCUCCAGAAGAAUCCUAUACUCAAGUCGUUAAAAAUGCCAAAAGUGACAGUAGUCCGCUUCCAAAAGGGCCUCCGCUAGACGAAAAAGAGGAAGAGAAAGAAGCUCAGGAAGAAGAUAGUAGGAGCAGAAAGCGACAAAAUAUCACACCUCUACUACAUCCUAAACCUGGGAAGCCAACUUAUCCUAGUGUUCAGAAGCUACAACAAAUAAAACAACGAGUAGAGAGUACUUCACCACCUCAGCUUCUAACAUCUUCACAUGGCGUUAUUAUAGACAUACAGAAGAGUCCUGAUAACGGAAAUUCUACAUAUAAAAUAUCUCCUAGUAAUGAAUAUGUUAAAGUGACCAAAGAAACUAAUGGUUCUCCUGGCUCUGGCUUCUUAAAAUUCACACAUACCAAGAACAAUGCUGAAGGACAGUCUUUCCAGGUUGAGAAGGCAAUAUUUGGAAAGGAUGCUAAGAGUGUUGAUUCUGGUGUUAAUAGUGAAAAAAUUGAGUAUAUAUCAGUAUGGUAUUGGAAUAAAGACCAAAAUCUAAAUAACCCCCUCCUUACAGAAGUUAAAAAGUCCGAUAAAACCAUCAUAUAUAGAUAUAACAAGGGAGGUACUGGAUUUGGUUGGAAUAAACUUCCUGGACGACAAGAUACUUCUAAUUUUCAACUCCAAGGUGAAGCCCUUGAGCAGACACUAGAUGACCUUAACUGUUCACUUAACAAUGCGGUCACCAUGGAUAUAUCUUAUGAUAAAGGGGGACGAUAUUGUUGUAAUAAGCAUGGAAGUGUGUAUAAGGUUAGUACUAGUUCUCAUAAUAUCACAAUAACAUCAAGCUCUAUUACAAAUAGUACUACAACUUCCAUUCCAUACCAAAAACAUGAGAUUAGAGAUGGAAUUACUACUAAAUUGGUAAAGAUGAAGUACUAUUUUAGUGGAGAUAAUCUUAAGAAUACCAGAAAGAGAAUAACAGCUACUACUGGACUUUUAUUUCCUAUAGAUGGUCCAGUUAGUGUAUAUGUAUUUUAUUGUAAAGAAAACCCUGCCAUUAUAUAUGUGGAUCCCAAAGGAAUUUCAUCUCAAAACGCUAAAGGAUGGUACAAGAAGGAUCCUAGUGGUGAUAAUAGACCUUGGACAAAAUUCCAAGGUGAACUCCCUGGUAACGGUCCAGAAAAUAUCACAAAGUGUGGCAAGGAAUUUAAUGAACUGGUUAAGGUAUUAAGAGAGAGUGGUGGAUGUAACUAUGGAGAAUGCACAGAUACUCAUAAACAAGCCUUAGUAUCAGUAGAGCAAGAUCCAGGAGUAAUCAUUGAACUCUCAAAAAAGCCAACUGGAACCCCUAAUACUAAGGAAUAUGAUGCAUAUUCUACCGGAAGUGGUAAGAUUACCGUUACUGUCACGAUAACUGAACAAGGAUCUGGUGGAUCAGACUUCUUAAAGUUUGUCCAUACUCAAAAGGAUGGACCAUCAUUCAAGCUUUCACAAGUGCUAGAUGACAAUAGUAGUCCUAUAAAAGGAAUUGAAGGAACUAAUAUAGGUUCAGUUGCAUCUUAUUACUGGAAACAUGAGACCACUAAGAAUCCACUAUUUAUCGAGGUACAAGAUGGUGGUGGAAAUUAUACUUAUUAUGCAAAUAGUAAGACGUAUUCUUGGAAAAAGUAUACAGAAAGUGUUGGAAAACCACUGGAUGAAUCCCAACUCACCCAGAAGCUCACUUUGCUCAAUUGUGACCUCAAUGACGUUGUUCAAAUAGAUGUUACAAAAACUUCUGAAUAUUGUCACGAUAUCGAAUAUCCUCAAGUUAAUCAUACUAAGAAUAGAAUCAAGGUUACUGAGACCGGACAAGGUUAUCUUGGAAACUACACUGCUUAUGCUCACAGUCCAUCUAAUGGAGGAAGAUUCAAUAUAUCUGGAUUCAGGAAUGGAAGUACUCCUAUAAAACUUGAGAAUUUGCAACUCCCCCUUAAAACAAAUAGAGUACUUGUUUACUUCUGCAAAAGUGAAGUUAGUGCUAGAACUACUAAUCCUCUUCUCAUCUAUUUCCCAGAUGCUAGCGGAUAUAAGUGGUUUAAAAAGUCAACUACUAGUACUACUUGGGAUUCAGCUAAAGGUUUAAAGGGUAGAGAUGAAAAGAGUUACGCAGAAAUAAUAAAGACCUUAGAUACGCUUACCAGCGCUUGUAAACCUCCGGAAGUAACUAUAGAUCUUUAUAACAGAUCUAGAAUUGGAGAGUCUACGAUUUAUGGAGGAGAUUCUUACUCUGUAGCAAUUGGAUAUAUUACUUAUAUUCAAGGAUUCACUGAGUACAAACACACUGUGUAUGGUAGGAACUACUUUACACUGAGUAAACUUGUUUACGGACAAGGAAGAGAUAUUACUGGGGUAAUUCAUGGAAGUGCUAGGAAACUUGUAAGAUCAGUAUCCGUUUAUUACUGGACCCCUCUAGAGCAAGAUUCUAACUGGGGAAAUAAAAGUAAACCUCUUCUUCUCAAAAUGAGUUUAUAUAAUGGAGGUGACAAAUACUAUGAAAAUAUCAGUAAAAUUCCUACUGAUAGUACAGAAUGGACUGAAUGGAGAUCAAAUACUUAUAUCUCCCCAGAGGAUAUCUGCAACAAACUUUAUCUUUUAAACUGUUCACUUAACAACUCAGUGAUAAUAGAUGUAUCUCAGAAGGACAAUCCUGGACAUUAUGAUGCUUGCGAGGAUGAUAGGAAUCUGGAUAAUGGACAUAGUAAUAAUGAUAAGAUGCAAGUUUCCAAAGAUAGUGACAAAUCUCUUGGAAGUUAUGAUUCUUACACUCACACUCUUGCGGAUAACUCCGUGGGAAAGUUUCACAUAGUCAAUUUUAUUAAUAAUGGUCCUUCCAGAAAAACUCUCAAAGGAAUUGAUGUAAGCUAUACUACCCCUAUUCUUGACGUGGGCCAGGUUAAAGUCUACUUUUGCCCAGAUGAUCCUAAUAAGCCUCUUCUAUUAUACAUAAAGACUAGCGAUCCCAAAUUUGGUAGUAAGAAGUGGUGGAAAUACAAUGGUAAUAAAACUUGGCAAGAAGUCACCCAGGAUCCUCCAUCAGACACUAAACGGUAUGAUUGGAUCCGUGGAGUACUUAACGAACUCAAUAGCCAAUGCAAACCCCAAGAUGUUGCAUCUUCUGGACCUGUUGCUGCUGCUAGAGAUGCGGGCCCUCAUGGUCCUGGCUCUCCUCCUUGGGAUGUAAUCUCUGGUGUCCUAACUGGAGUUGGUGUUGUAUCUGGCUCUCUUACUGGAUUUGGUUGGUGGUUGUACAAACGUUCUAAAGGAGACCCUUGGGUUAGACAGAUUUGA